GUACCCAAACGGGCGUUCGCUCAAAAUACAACGAUUCUGCUACUCUUCCGCCUCUUCGGAUCGGCAAAAAAGAACACAGCAGAGACGAGGGACGAGAGUCACGAGACAACUAGCUGCACCGGAAUACCGCUGCGACCAGCAACCGCACCGGAUUAUUUAUCAAAACACUGGUUUGUCCUCCAGCGAUGGGGACUGUUAUUGAUUCUGCAAACAAGGGAGAAAAUGGAAGCAGCACAACUAAUAAAAAGGUUAAGGUUGUCUUUGUUCUAGGUGGACCUGGAAGUGGUAAAGGCACACAGUGUGCAAAAAUUGUUGAACAUUUUGGAUACACCCAUCUAAGUGCUGGAGAUCUUCUUCGAGCAGAAAUCAAGUCUGGAUCAGAAAAUGGUACAAUGAUUCAGAACAUGAUCAAAGAAGGAAAAAUUGUGCCUUCUGAAGUAACUAUUGCUCUCCUCCAACGAGCUAUACAUGAAAAUGGGAACGACAAGUUUCUUAUUGACGGAUUCCCCCGUAAUGAAGAAAAUCGAGAAGCUUUUGAGCGUGUUACUGGAACUCUGCCAGAAUUUGUCCUCUUCUUUGACUGUUCCGAAGAAGAGAUGGAGAGCCGCUUAUUAAGCCGGAAUCAGGGAAGAGAAGAUGACAAUAUAGAAACAAUAAGGAAGCGGUUUAAUGUUUACAUGGAGUCUAGUCUCCCUGUUAUCGAGUAUUACAAGUCAAAGGGGAAGGUUCAAAGGAUUGAUGCUGCCAAGCCGGUUGAUGAAGUUUUUGAAGCGGUUAAAACUGUGUUUACCCCAUCAGGUGCAAAGGUUGCUGUUUAAGGAUUUGAUUUGUGUGCCUCAGUGUGGCAUUGCAUGAAGAAUUGGGAUUGAUUUUUGUUCUGUUAUGCCCUUAUAGAGAAAGUGAAAUAUAAGAUAGUAAUAAUGAUAAUAAUUUCAUUCUUUUAAAGUUUUUAAUAUAUUUGAACCAUGUUGAAUUCUUACAAGGUUCUUACUUACCUCUUUGUUAUUUUGGUUUUUGUCAUUUGAGCAAAUUCUGAGAAAUAAGAUGUUUUAUCAUCGCUAUAAAUCUGUAAUGCAUUAUUUGUGUCAUGCACGCGCUAUAUUAGAUUUAAUUUGGACAUGAUUUGAUCAUUAUCAUCAAUCAUCAUCUUCAAAUGGUGAAUGAAAAACAAUUUGUUGGGCAGCUUUGUAAAUUUGGUGACGGAUGGCUUCGAUAUAUUUUACCCUCAACUUA